AUGAGGUGGUUUCGUUUUUUUCUGUGUUUGCAGAGGAACCUGUUGGAGGAAGAUUCAGAUGAAGAGGAGGACUUUUUCUUGAGAGGGCCUUCUGGACCAAGAUUUGGACCCAGGAAUGACAAGAUCAGGCAUGUCCAGAACCAGGUGGACGAAGUCAUCGACGUUAUGCAGGAGAACAUCACAAAGGUGAUCGAAAGAGGCGAGCGGCUGGAUGACCUGCAGGAUAAAUCAGAAAGUUUAUCAGACAAUGCAACAGCUUUUAGCAACAGAGCCAAGCAGCUUCGGAGACAGAUGUGGUGGCGAGGCUGCAAGAUGAAGGCAAUCAUAGCGUUGGUGACGGUCAUUCUCCUGCUUGUGAUCAUUGUACCCAUAGUCCUGAAAUAUCAUACCUGA